AUUAAAAUUUGUCGCCUUUCACUUUUCUCUGUAGCUCUGGCUGUCUCUUCCUCCGCAAACUUCUCUCUUUUUUUUUUUUCUUUAAUUUUUUUUUUGUUUUCGAUGUUCCUAUCUUUUCUAAACCCUAGACACUCUUCUCAUUAACUGAUUUUGAGCAUCUAGGGUUUAGAUUUUUGUUUUAAAAUUUUAAAAUUCUAAUUUCUCAUCAUCGGAUUAAUAAAAAAUGGAUCUUCCAAGUCUCGUUGUUGUUCUUCAAGCUGCACUUAGUCCCAAUCCCGCUGAACGCAAAGCUGCCGAACAAAGCCUCAAUCAGUUUCAACAUACGCCUCAGCAUCUGGUGAGACUGUUACAGAUCAUCGUGGAUAAUAAUUGCCAUAUGGCGGUUCGUCAAGUGGCUUCUAUUCAUUUCAAGAACUUCAUUGCUAAGAAUUGGGCUCCGCUUGAUCCAAAUGAGCAACAGAAAAUUUUGCAAAGUGAUAAAGAUAUGGUUCGCGAUCAUAUUCUUGUAUUUGUAGCUCAAGUUCCUGCUUUGUUGAGGGUGCAAUUGGGUGAGUGCCUCAAGACCAUUAUCCAUGCUGAUUAUCCAGAGCGGUGGCCGCGGCUUCUGGACUGGGUGAAGCAUAACCUACAAGAUCAGCAGGUUUAUGGGGCUCUGUUUGUCUUGCGGAUUCUUGCUAGAAAAUAUGAGUUCAAGUCAGAGGAGGAGAGAAGUCCAGUUCACCGCAUCGUUGAGGAGACAUUUCCUCAUCUUCUUAAUAUAUUCAAUAGACUUGUCCAGAUUGAAAAUCCAGCACUGGAAGUGGCAGAUCUAAUCAAGCUUAUUUGUAAAAUUUUCUGGUCAUCUAUCUAUUUGGAGAUUCCAAAACAAUUACUUGAUCCAAAUGUGUUCAAUGCUUGGAUGAUACUUUUGUUAAAUGUUUUGGAGAGAUCUGUUCCUCUGGAAGGCCAACCUUUAGAUCCUGAGCUUAGGAAAUCAUGGGGGUGGUGGAAGGUGAAAAAAUGGACGGUUCAUAUUUUAAAUAGGCUAUACACUCGGUUUGGAGAUUUAAAGCUAAGGAAUCCAGAAAACAGGGCUUUUGCCCAAAUGUUUCAGAAGAAUUAUGCAGGAAAAAUUUUGGAAUGCUACCUAAAGUUAUUGGGUAUUAUUCAUGUUGGUGGCUAUCUCCCUGACAGAGUUACCAACCUUAUUCUUCAAUAUCUAAGCAGCAGCAUCUCGAAAAAUAGCAUGUAUACUUUGUUGCAGCCACAGCUUAAUGUACUUAUUUUUGAGAUAGUCUUCCCUCUCAUGUGCUUCAAUGACAAUGACCAAAAGCUUUGGGAGGAAGAUCCACAUGAGUAUGUAAGGAAGGGCUAUGAUAUAAUUGAAGAUUUAUAUAGUCCAAGAACUGCUUCCAUGGACUUUGUCAGUGAGUUAGUCAGGAAACGUGGGAAAGAGAAUCUUCAAAAGUUCGUUCAAUUCAUUGUGGAAAAUUUCAAGAGAUAUGAUGAAGCACCUGUAGAAUAUAAGCCUCACCGACUGAAGGAUGGUGCUCUCCUUGCUGUUGGAGCACUUUGUGAUAAACUGAAACAAACAGAGCCCUAUAAAUCUGAAUUGGAACAUAUGUUAAUGCAACAUGUUUUUCCUGAGUUCCGCAGUCCUGUUGGUCAUCUUAGAGCCAAGGCAGCUUGGGUAGCAGGACAGUAUGCCCAUAUAAACUUCUCUGACCAGAAUAAUUUCCGCCAAGCACUGCUUAAUGUUGUUUCUGGGUUGUGUGAUCCAGAACUUCCUGUUCGUGUUGAUUCAGUUUUUGCAUUGAGAUCAUUUGUUGAAGCUUGCAAAGAUUUAAAUGAGAUUCGUCCAAUUCUUCCUCAACUACUUGAUGAGAUUUUUAAACUUAUGAAUGAGGUUGAAAAUGAGGACCUUGUUUUUACUCUGGAGACUAUAGUCGACAAGUUUGGGGAGGAGAUGGCACCAUAUGCUCUUGGAUUAUGUCAGAAUUUGGCAGCUGCAUUUUGGAGGUGUAUGAACACUGCAGAAGCUGAUGAUGAAGUUGAUGAUCCUGGUGCUCUGGCUGCAGUUGGCUGUUUGCGUGCUAUAAGCACAAUACUUGAAUCAGUUAGUAGGCUUCCGCAUCUUUUUGUUCAGAUUGAGCCAACUUUGCUUCCCAUCAUGAGAAGAAUGUUGACAACUGAUGGACAAGAGGUUUUUGAAGAAGUCUUGGAGAUUGUUUCGUAUAUAACCGUCUUUUCCCCGACUAUAUCCUUGGAUAUGUGGAGCCUUUGGCCUUUGAUGAUUGAAGCAUUAGCUGAUUGGGCUAUAGACUUCUUUCCAAAUAUUUUGGUUCCUUUGGACAACUAUAUAUCUAGGGGAACUGCACAUUUUCUUUCUUGCAAGGAACUGGAUUACCAGCAAAGUCUUUGGAAUAUGAUUUCGUCAAUUAUGGCAGAUAAAAAUUUAGAGGACGAUGAUAUUGAGCCAGCUUCAAAGCUGAUAGAAGUAGUGUUUCAAAACUGUAGAGGGCAGGUGGAUGAUUGGGUCGAGCCAUAUCUGAGAAUCACACUUGAUCGAUUGCAUAGAACAGAGAAAUCACGGUUGAAAUGUCUUCUUGUACAAGUGAUUGCCAAUGCGGUCUAUUACAAUGCAGCAUUGACACUCAGCAUAUUGAAUAAGUUUUGUGUUACAAUGGAAGUGUUCAACCUUUGGUUCCAGUUGUUGGAACAAGUUAGAAAGAGUGGUCUACGGGUAAAUUUUAAGCGUGAACAUGAUAAGAAAGUUUGCUGCUUGGGUCUUACGUCACUGCUUGCACUUCCUGGUGAACAUUUAGUUGGGGAGGCUCUUGGGCGUGUGUUCAGGGCUACCCUUGAUCUCCUAGUUGCAUACAAGGAUCAAGUUGCAGAUGCUGCAAAGGAGGAAGAGGCUGAAGAUGAUGAUUACAUGGAUGGUUUCCAGACUGAUGAUGACAAUGAUGAUGGUGAUGGUUCUGACAAGGAAAUGGGAGUCGGUGCAGAGGACGGGGAUGAAGCUGAUAGCAUCAGGCUUCAAAAAUUGGCUGCCCAGGCAAAGGCUUUCCGUGCUGCUGCUGCUGAUGAUGACUCAGAUUAUGACUUUAGUGAUGAUGAAGAGUUACAGUCACCAAUUGAUGAAGUGGACCCAUUUGUUUUCUUUGUUGAUACUAUCAAGGCUUUGCAAGCAUCAGAUCCUAUGAGGUUCCAGAACCUUACGCAGAUGCGGGAUUUCCAUUAUCAAUCUCUGGCGAAUGGUGUUGCUCAGCAUGCCGAACAGAGGAGAGCAGAGAUUGAAAAGGAGAAAAUGGAGAAGGCAUCUGCUACUGCUGCUGCUGCUUCUCCAUCGUGAUUAAACCUCAAGGGUUUUGAGGUUCAAGUGCGUGGAGUUUUGUGUGCACAAGUUCUCAAUCAUAAGCAGAUCGCAGGAUUAGGGAACUCAGAGCAUGCCACUUUGUCAGUUUGUGAUUUUGGUUAGUCUGGUGAGUCUGGCAAUUCUUUGGCAGAAAAGGCCCGUCUCAACCAAUUUGCGCUGUUUCCUUGUAGUCUUUCCUUUUGCUUCUUUUCUUCUUCCUUGUCCUCUUCGUCUCUCACCCUCUCUUCCAUCAUUUGGUCAUUCCAUUGGUUGAGGUUUUCCCAGAUUGGUGAAUCCGAUCAUCUCUCCAGGCGGUAACUAAGGAUGGUCCAUUGCAUAUUCCAUGAUACGUCUUGCCAUGGUAAUCAGAUGGCAAAUAAAUAGGGUUUUUGUAUUGAUGAUUUUGGUCAAGUGGUAGUCUACAAAAAUUUUCCUUUCCCCCAUUCCCCUAUCAGGUAUGGUGUACCAAUAUCACGGACAAUUAUUCUUUGUUUGGGGGUUAUGGAGAUUUGGUUUCAGAGGGUUCUUGGGGGGUAACUUGGUUGCCUAUUUGUAAGAAAGGUAUCAUGAAACAGAUAUUCUUUACAUAAUGCGGAUUAAUGAAAGGAAUUAUUCUUGGGAACUGUCAGGCAUCCUUACUCUUCAAACCUUCAGCUCUCUGACCCAUUAACUAUAAGAUGGAUUCAACCAUCUUCAUUGGAAAAUAUAAGAGUUUGCAGAACUCUUUAUUAUUUGGGCAUUACGUAAGCUGUUCAGUCUCGAGUUCCACAUCAUUCUCGAUCUAUAUGU